CUGUAAAAUUCCCUGCAUUUUAAACACAAACAAGAAGAGAACGCAGCAAACAUCUCACCAUUACAGGAUUGAAUGCACCUCCGUUUAAGAAGAUGAGUGGCGGCUUCACGAUUGUGACCUACGUGAACCCAUUACCGAUGGGUCAAACUCCCCCAGCUGGCAGUGGCACGGGAAACGCAUCCACACCGCCGAUACUUGGGUUUCUGAAAGGCCAUCCGAAAGCACUGGGGACUGUCCAAAUAAUGAUUGGAGUGGUGACUUUUCUGUUUGGAAUCGUGUUGGCAGUCCACUGGUAUAUACCCGCUUCCGUUAUUAGCGGAAUUGUGUACUGGGGCUCGCCAAUUUACAUCAUCGCUGGCUCUCUGUCUGUCGCAGCAGAACCCAAACUUCAUCCCUGUGUGGUAAAAGGCUCGCUGGGAAUGAACGUGGUCAGCAUUAUAGUUUCAGCAACGGCCAUCAUCAUACUUGUUAUCGACUGUUUUGUGCAAUUAUUGCACGAGGACUCCAGCAGAGAAGUAACUAUGGUGAAGAUCGGAAUCAGUGGAGUGCUGGCGGUUUUGUCUCUGCUUCAGUUCAUCAUCUCCAUCUGCAUCUCCGUGUUCGCCUGUAAAGCCACCUGCUGCACUGAACCGAUGGUCCCUGUUGUAACUAUCGCCCAUCCUGCUCAUGUCAGCCCACAGUUUUUUCAGUUAAAAUCAGGAUUAAACACACAAAUGGCAAGUUCGGGAGAUAUGAGAGGUGACAUGGGAACCACGCCCCAGCCGCAAAUUCUUCAGUUUCUGACAGUCCAGCCGAAAGCACUCGGGACGGUCCAGAUAAUGAUCGGAGUAGUAACUUUUCUGUUUGGGAUUGUGUUGGUGUCUGAUCCUCCAUUUGCCCCGAUCUCUGUGAUUAGUGGAAAUGUUUAUUGGGCCUCGAUAGCCUACAUCAUCGCUGGAUCUCUGUCUGUUGCAGCAGAAAACAAACCUCAUCCCUGUUUGGUGCAGGGCUCGCUGGGAAUGAAUGUGGUCAGUGCUGUGUUUUCAGUAAUAUCCGUCGGCCUACUGACAUGGGAUCUUUUGUUAUAUUAUAUCUGCUACCCUUAUAGUGACUGCUCCAAGUUAGAGGCACGGUCCAAAGCGAUCAGUGGAGUGCUGCUGUUUUUCGCUGUUCUUCAGUUCAUCAUCUCCAUCACCAUCUCAGCGCUCGCCUGUAAAGCCACCUGCUGCUCUGGACCGAUGGUGCCGUCUGUAGCUUAUGCCAACCAGGCUGCCAUCGGCAACCCUCAGGUGCCGUCUGUAGCUUAUGCCAACCAGGCUGCCAUCGGCAACCCUCAGAAUGUGGUGAACAUCCCAAAAGCCCAGGGGCACAUGAACGACCCGGCACCACAAAACGUGUAUGAAUGGCCACAAAGCAGAUAACUGACCAACAAGAUAAAAAUCUAGAAAAUCACGUAAAACAAACUAAAACAAUUCCUAUUUGAACAUUUAAUGUUUUGAGUCAUGAACUAUGAUGUAUUAUAUUUAUAUUAUGUGUCAUGAUAUGUAAUAUUAUAUUAUAUAUUUUUAUAUUUGAUGCUAACAUGACCAUGUGUUAGUUUAUAUACACAAUAUGUAAUGUCA